AUUAGCAACAGCCCAUAGUAAACGGAAGACAAUGGCCCCUGGUUUUGCUUCCCCUGUGUCCAUGAAAACCAACUGCAUUUCUUCCUCUAUUCCUCUUCUCCUUCUACCUUCAACCCUAGAACUCUUCAACAAAUCCCUUACUUUCCUUUUACCCAACUUCACCUUUUUUAUCAAUUCACCUUCCCUCUUCCAUCGAUCCAUCUUCUCUUCUUAUCCAUGGCGAAACAGAGAGAGAUCCUCAUCAACAUCUGAUAAUGUCUCCGUGACUUCUCAGCUUAGCUGUCUUUGUUUGUUUACGAGUUUCAUCCGCGCCCACAUUGAAAUUCUUUGACCCAGCUGCGAAUUGUGUCUAAAGCGCCGGCCUUUCAGCUUGGCUCUCUUUCUUUUACAGAGUUUGGUUAGUAGGGGGGAAGUGAAUGGGUGCAGAGUCAAGAAUUAUUAUUGAUAAUAAAGCGAUAGGGGGAGAAGAAUUUGAUCAGCUGGCUAAGGGAAAGAAACCAAUCGCGAACCCGGCGCCAAACCCUCCUCCGGCUAGGAAUGCCAAUAAUAGCAAGGGGAAGAAGAGCCGGCGACGCCAACAACAGAAGCAGCCCUCCGCUGCGGCGGUGAGGCCCGUGCAGCGGUUGUUCGACACUUGCAAGGAAGUGUUUAAAUCUGGCAGCGCUGGAAUUGUUCCCUCACCUGAUAAUGUCGAGAAGCUGAGAGCUGUUUUGGAUGAUAUCAAACCAGCUGAUCUUGGGCUUAACCCAGAUAUUGCUUGCCUCACUCUUGCAAACUUGGAUGGAGCUGCCCCCAAUGGGAAAAAACCAGCAAUAAGAUACCUCCAUCUCCAUGAAUGCAACAAGUUCUCGAUUGGGGUAUUCUGCUUGCCACCAUCAGGAGUCAUUCCACUUCAUAACCAUCCUGGAAUGACCGUGUUUAGCAAGCUCCUCUUCGGGACAAUGCAUAUCAAAUCAUAUGAUUGGGUACUCGACGAAGAAGGUAAGCAGCAGCCAGAAGUGAAGAACCAGCAACCGAAAGUUCGUUUGGCGAAGGUGAAGACCAACUCGGACCUCACAGCACCAUGCAACACCUCCAUACUCUACCCUGAAGAUGGAGGUAACAUGCAUUGCUUCACCGCGGUAACAGCCUGUGCAGUGUUAGAUGUCCUUGGACCUCCUUAUAACGAUGAUGAAGGCAGGCAUUGCCAGUACUACUUCGACUUCCCAUCGUCCCAAUUUUCUGUCGAUGGAGUAGUAGUGCCUGAUGAAGAGAAGGAAGGGUAUGGUUGGCUACAGGAGAGGGACAGACCGGCGGACUUGGUUGUUCGCGGCGAAUUGUAUAGAGGACCACCCUUUUUCAAGUAAGCUCAGAGUACUACCCAAUCAACAUAGAAGAGAGAGCAAUUUACAGGAUACUGGAUGAAAGAGCUAGUAGAGCGCAUUCUUUGACAGAUGGAUGAAUAGAAAGAAGAAAGACUAGCUUUAGCUUCACACAGAACAGAUCCUUUUGCUAGCUGUAGUCUUGCUGCUUUAUAUUCCUCCAUAGCCUUUUCCUUUUGUGGUCUUUUCUCUAUCUUUUCUAGUGGUGGAACAUGGCGCUUGAGAGUUGAGACUUAAGACACCAAUCCUUGUUGUAACAUUUAGGGAUCUUCUGUACAUAGUUACACCGGAAAAUCAUUGGGUUCACAGUUGAAUGAGAUAAGAAGAAAAUGAAACACAAGUGCUUGAGACAGUUUCUUUC